AUGAGUGGUCGCUUUAAACUUUUGCUCGUCGUCCUGUUCAUUGGAUUACAGACAAGUCAUGGCAACUGGUUUUCUGACUUGACAGAAGAAGCUGGUGAUUUUUUCAAAGACAAAUAUGAAAAGGCGAAAGAUGUAGUUGUGGAUGUGGCUGACUCCAUUAAUCCUUCUGGUUGUAAGUUUUUAAUUUAGUUUUUUUUUUAUUUUUAGGAAAUGGGGCGGUUUGGUUUUUUAAAUUUUUCUUGUUUUUAGCAUCUACCUGCCCGGAAUUGGGUGGGCAUUUCGUUAAAUUUAUAACAGAUAGAGAUCCCGACCCUGCACCGGAAUACAAAAGUCCGUGUCAAGAAGGAGAGGAGUGCGUGAUUGUCGAUGUAAACAACUUUACUAUGUUUAUGGAAGGAUACAAUGUAAGUUUUUUGUUUUGGACUAGAUGGUAAGACAGGAUAGGGACGGCAAAAGUAAUAAAGGGAAGGGCGGGCGAGAUGGCAUUCAAGUUUUUAUCUUUUACGUUUAUAGGACCGAUUCCGCAACCACGAUUACAUGAACAUCAGAUCAUGUAAGUUUUUAUAAAAGAUUUUGUAAAUUUUUGCUUUUUAAGAGGAAAGUCGGCUUUUGUAGGGUGACAAAUAGUUUUUGAAUAUGAAUAUUUUCUUUUGAAUAUGUUCAACUACGUAAUUUGGCAUAUAAACUGGGAAUUCUCGGUUAUGCAAAUUUAUGUUAUUUUAAAAAUUAGGUUCACUGGCGGUUUUCAUGGUUUGUAUGUUUUAUGUUAUCACCUACGUACGAUGUUAAUUUCUGCUUUCCAGAUAAGAAUAAGGAUGGCGGCUGGGACCUUGGCCCUCAAAUGAAAGGAGACAUCAAACACAGGUAUGGUAAUAUAACAUUUGAAAAAUAGUAUACUGCCGUCCCUUAUCGAACUUUUUUAUUAAGUUCUUUUGGAAGCGUUGUUGAGAUUGCUAAGUUGAAACUCUGUUCUUAUAGCUUUUUUAUAUCAUUAACGUUUUAGGCGUCUGGAUCCUCCAUAUCGCACUAUGGCGCAGCAUCCAGUAGUGAUAUUCGGGGAGUACAAGUAUGUGUGCCAAAUCUUUACGGAUCACAUUGAGUUUUACGGCAUGGAGUAAGUUUGGGCUUGGUUUUUCGAAAAUUAUUAUAUGGUGUUAAGUAUGUAAGGUGUAGUAUACUUUACAUUAUAGUUUAUCUUAUGUAUAACAUUAGACAUGAGAAACGGGCUGGGCCUGAAUUUUUGGUUUGGUCCGAUCUAAAUUUUGCUCAAAGCCGACCCGUUUUUCAUGUCUAUAUAACGUACAGUAUCUUAGGUUUUGCGAACAAUUGUAAGCUUUAUUAUACAAUAAUUUCUGUUUAGGGAGCCAAUGGUUGUUAGAAAAAACGGCGAGUACAGUUGGCGAAUUCACAUCACGUUCGAGAAAAAGUUGACGCCAGAAGAGGUGAAAGGCACCUUUGUAUACAAUGGCUACAUCUUCAUUGGCAAGGACAGAGUUUUUGACAUUAAAGAAAUGUUACGUGAUGAAGUUUUAGAUAGUGUCAAGAUCAAGGGGGAGGACAGGUAGGUUUUGUUUUUUAACCGUUUUGAAAGAUUGGGGAGCAGUCUUGACCUAUUGUAUGUUUGGAAGCGUGCUUAUGUAAUAAGCGUGCGUUUUGGGUAUGGUUGACAAAAAAUGUCAAACCUUGCCGAGAAGUGUUAUAGCUCAAAGUUUUUUAUUGCAAAAUUGUGACUGCAAAAUGUUUUUCAAAGUCGAGCAUCUUUUGAUUCUCUGUAAAGUGCGAUUUUAUGUUGAAGACGUUAUAUUUGUAUAAUCUGUUUCACAAAGUUUGAAGACAAUCAUAGCGAGACAGGGUAGGCCGCUUCCCAAUACCACCCAAUCCUGUUUAUGAUUAUGAUAAUGAUGUAUGUUAAAUGUGUAAAUGACGUUUUUUAUGUUUAAAAUUUUAUAAAUAAUGUUUUUCAGACCUGGCAGAGCUACCAAGCGUUUCAACGAAGAGAAGACUUUUAACGGUAUUGAUGCCGGUAAAAUAUCCGGGGAUCUUGUCAAGGGGAUUGAAGAAUAUUGUUUCGUAAGUACUGUUUUUGGAUUGUUUUUAUUUUUGAGCUUUUUUAUUGUUUAGAGCUUUUUUUAUUUACAGUGGGACUCCUAUGUAACGAGUUUCUCUCGUAUCUGAAAGUUGUUUGUUAUAAAGGUUUGUUAUACAGGAGAUUGCAUUGUGUAGUGUUGGGCAAAAAUUCAAAAGUAAUUCAAAAUUCAAAAGUUGUUUGUCGCACAGGAGUUUUACUGUAUUCGGAUUUCUUCGCGGCUUGAAAAACAUGCCUACCUAAACCUUUAAGAAUGAAUGAUUUUCAUAAUGCAGAUGUUUUCUUUAGAAUAGAGGAGAAGGCAAGUCUUGUACUAUUGAUGUGAUGGGCGGCUACAUUACUCCGGUCGAUUAUACUGGUGUGAUCUUUACCAUUAAAAAUUUGGUUGUUCAAGCCAGAUGGGUCAAGUAAGUGGGCGUUGAAUAGGUUUGAAAAUAUUUGAUCAACACAUGUUUAACUUGAUCAAGUCAUGUCUAACUUGAUCAACUCAUGUUUAACUUGAUCAACUCUUUUUUAACUUGAUCAACGCAUGUUUAAUUGUCUUUUUCAGACAAUAUUGUGACUACUUGCCCGAGUAUUUCAUUCGUCAUGUGCAUUUUAAGCAGAAGUAAGUUUUGACGGGUAUACAAAAUUUUUGGUUCUAUGCAAGUGAGUGGUUUAGAUGAAACUGAAUUAUUUAUCAGCGUUUUCUGCUGCUCAAGUCUUGUGUGUUUUGCUUGGACUUUUAAUUUUUAAAGUUUAAGAAACCGAUUUUUUAAAUAAUUUUUAUAUUAUUCAUUUUAUUUUCAGCACGGUGCUUCAGUUUGGUAAAGUGGCACUUUUGGAGACACACAAAAAGAUAUUGAAGUGGACAAAGUACGUUGUUUGAGCGGGAAACGGUCGUAUCGGGCGGGUUAUUUUCUAUAUGGGGAAUUGAAUCUUUUAAGGCAAAUUUGUUUUUGGUAUUUUUGAAAAAUUUUCUCAAUUUUUCACCAACGGGUAUUCUAUGCAAUUGGUUUUGGCUCUGGGGUGGGGGUGGAUCCAGCUUUGCCUUUCGGUUCAAAGAGUGUUUUUUAAAAAAAAAUUGGUCUGAUUAAAGUUUCUUUUUUGUUGUUUGAUAAGUUAUUGUAACCCAAUUUAGAAUAUGUAUAACACAUUUUGGCGGCCCGAAGUAUUUUAUAAGUUAAAUCAUAACAUUUUUAUGUUAAUAUUUUUACAGACAGGACGGUUUAUUAAGUAAAGACUACAUCUUUCGUCGCAACAUGCUCAUGCCCGUGGUUCAGCCAGACGAUCCUAUUCAUACGUUUGCCAAUAAAUUUACGACCACUCUGCCGGGUGCCACCACUCUAAAUUUUGAAAACUUUACCAUGAAACCGAUUCGUGCUAUCACAAGAAACCCGAAUUACACGGAUAACGAGAUUGUAGAAUAUGCGAUUGAGGAGGAAGAGUCUACGACCAUGGACCCAGACUAUGUGCUUUAUGACCUGACUGAAGACCCUCUCGAUGCUGCAUACGGCUUGAUGGUGCCAUUGGCCAGCAUUUGGUUGGGAUUCAUGCUGCUCUGGGGUUGA